GUCCGAAUCCUAUACCAAGGAAUAUUCAAGAAUGGAAAGAGUCUGCUAAAACAAGUCACACAUAUAAAUUGCUCCAUAGAAAAAUUGAUCCUAAUGCGCCUCAUACCUAUUUUAAUCAGAUCCUUUCACAU